CCGGAGGCUAGGGAAGGCCCCGGCAAGGUGCUCACGUGUCUCCUAGGUGACUAGUUGCUGCUUUCAUCCCAACAGCCGACGAGACGCCAGACAUGCGGCGGCCCAACAUCCUGCUUACGGGUACUCCUGGUGUAGGGAAGACUACACUGGGCAAAGAGCUUGCAGCAAGAGUAGGAGCAACAUACAUUAAUGUGGGUGAUUUGGCAAAAGAAGGGGAAUUAUAUGAAGGCUUUGAUGAGGAAUAUGAAUGCCCAAUUUUGGAUGAAGACCGAGUAAUUGAUGAACUAGAAGACAAAAUGAAUGAAGGUGGAGUUAUUGUUGAUUAUCAUGGCUGUGACUUCUUCCCAGAACGCUGGUUUCAUAUAGUAUUUGUACUUCGCACUGAAAACUCAUUUCUGUACGACAGACUUGAAAGCAGAGGGUACAAAGGGAAAAAACUACAGGACAACAUUCAAUGUGAGAUUUUCCAGACUAUUUAUGAAGAGGCAAUGUCAUCUUAUAAGGAAGAAAUUGUACACCAGUUGCCUAGUAACACGCCAGAGGACCUGGAGCGGAAUUUAGAUCAGAUUAUACAGUGGAUUGAGCAGUGGAUGAAAGACAACAACUGAAUUCUGAGGAAAAAGGAACAUGUUGGACUUUUUUUUUUUUCCAGGUUAUUCUGGCCAUUCAAUAAAUGAAAUUUGUAAUUGUGGCAUGGUAAACUAACCUUUUUUAGUCACUGAAGUGCAAUUGAACAAUGAUAACUUUUUAAUCUGAGAAAAACUGAGGAAUUAUAAUAAUGAUUGAUCAUACUGAUGAAUCUGAUAUGGUUAAAUUAAAAUAAUGCCAACCACUGAAGGAUGGAUUUUGUACUAAGAGGAGCUGGCAUCUAUAUUAUAAAAUGGUUAUAGAGGGAAAUCAGGAGCACACAAAGGCUGUUCUUACAUUAGAGAAAGCUCCAGGCUACAAUGGAGUGAGUAUAUAUUUGAAAGCUUAUGUUCAUGGUAGGUAUGUGAAAUGCAUGACUUUUGUGAGCUGUUUUCAAAUACUAAGAUAUUUUAAAACAGCAGAAGCUUCUUCAUAGCAGCAUAUCAUCAAAUAUUUCUCCCUAACGUAAACCAUUGCUCAUUUUAUGUUGAUUAUUUUAUUCACUUUGGGUGAAUUUUAAAGUUUUUGUGAAUGGAAAGUUUUAAAGAAGCAGCACUAUAUCAUUUUGUGGAAAGGGGAAUGUGAAUUAUUGUUUGAAGACAGAUGUAAGUGACUACAGUGAAACCUGAACUUCAGUGCCUGUGGUCACCUGUCAUAAUGGCCAGUUAAAUGUCAGUCCCUGCAAGAAUCCCUCUUUAUUAAUUGUACUACAUUAUGCAUCCAGCUGUUAUUACAGCUACAAUACUAGCAGGCUCCUUGCUCGUCAUUAUUUAUAGGUUUCACUGUAACUGUUUGAGUUGCCUGGGUGCAUGGAAAUGAUGUGAUUGGACUCUGUUAACAAAGAUCUGUGUGAAAGGAUAGCGUUUAAUUUGGAUGGGUUUAUCUUGUUUGUUCAUGGUGGGUUGUGAGCUCUCUGAGCCAGAUCCUGCAAGUUACAUUCCCACUGAACACAAUGGGAGUGUUGCUUGAAUAAAGACUACAGAAUCUUAGAGUAAGAAACUGCCAGAGUUGCUUAAACUUAUCACCUGCUGGAAGAGGAAAAAUGUCUUAAGUGGUUGUUCAGAUUGAUUUGAAGGACUAUAAUGCAAACAAGUUCUGUGUGUACUUCCAUAAAGCAAAUUUUGGCUUUUUUUU